CAGCUGAUAAAAUUAAAUUUUGAUAUUUUGAUUUAUAUUUGUUUUUAUGGUGGAGCAUUUGUAACUUUCAUUUAAAUGUUCUAAAUCGUUUGCAACAUCUUGUCAUCUCUUCAGCUGUUUUUUGGUAAAAUUGGUUUAGUGUUUGAAGGCGAAUUAGUGCGUCGAUAUCGAUUCAUGAAUAUAAUUCCUUUAACCCGAAGGUCACAUGAAAAAUACGUAUUGUAAUUUGUAGGACCACGUCAUUUUAAUUAUUUCGGUAUAAAGUUAGACCACAAUAAUACCCGCAACAAUGGCUUCGAGUUCCAGUACAGAGCAUACUGUUAAAGACAAUGCAGGAGAUGGUGCACAAAACCCAGAAACCAAAGAGGAAGAUAAGAAGGAUGAUUCCAUGUUUGAGUGCAAUAUAUGCUUAGAUACUGCUAGAGAUGCUGUUGUCAGCAUGUGCGGACACUUGUUUUGUUGGCCAUGUUUGCAUCAAUGGCUUGAAACGAGGCCGAAUAGACAAGUCUGCCCGGUAUGUAAAGCGGCCAUAAGUAAAGAAAAAGUGGUACCGCUGUACGGAAGAGGCAGUAGCAAACAGGAGGACCCGAGGGAAAAAGUACCACCGAGGCCGGCUGGCCAACGAACUGAACAAGAGCCUGGGAAUUCCUUCUCAGGUUUUGGUUUUGGCGAUAAUACUUUUCACAUGUCAUUCGGUAUAGGUGCGUUUCCAUUUGGCUUUUUUACCUCGACGUUUAAUAUCGGCGAUCAGAGGCCCCACGCAGCACCUCAAGGAACCCAACAGCACAUGGAAGAACAGUUUUUAUCUAAAAUUUUCCUUUGGCUCGCUAUAGUAUUUCUAACGUGGCUAUUGAUGGCUUAAGGUUUAUAUUUUUCACGAAUUUAACCAUCUUUUCACUUAAACUUUUAAAACCAAACUAUAAACGAGACCAUGAGUCAAAUAGAAAUUUCUUGUAAUAUUAUUGUUAUUAAAAUUUUUAGAUUAUAUGUAUAUCUACAAUUUGUGUUAAAAAGGGCUGUUAAUGCAGCUUAGUCGGUGGUCGCAUCUUAUGGUGGUGUCGGAUUAAUGGAUAUUGAAGAAAAUUGUUAUUUCUGUAUUGUCAAAUUUGAACAUUUGUUUUCAAACAGUGGAAUAUUUUGUAAUUCGUUUGUGUUCCUCAGUAACUUCGAGAAGAAGGCUGAAUUAAUUAUAUUAAGCUGGAUUAACAACAUCCAGUCCAAUGGUACUAAGCUCUAAUAUUUAACAACGAUGAUUCUUUGGACACUUCAGAAAAGACUCAUGUACCUACUAUUCUAGCCAAAUAGAAAAAAAUAUUUAUUUAUUUAAAGAAAUGUGCGUAUACUUGGAUGAUCCCUACUUCUGUUGCAAGCAAGUGUUUAGGAUUAAAUCGAAACCUGACAUUAAUAUUUCAGGUA